AUGGCCAUUCAGAUGACACAACAACAAGAUGAAAUAUUGACAGAAUCAAUGAAAGAGCUCUCUGCUACAAGUUUGAUUCAACAGUCAGGAUCGAAGGCACUUUUAAUGUCGAGUCAUCAUCAUGGCGUUCAGGAAGAGAACAAGAGUGGAGGAUCUAUAUUCACAAGUUUGAGUAAUUCGUCAGAUUUUGAUCCAAACAUGAUCGGAUUUGAAGCGUUGAAAAACAAAUUAACACGAGCAAGUAGUAUUAUAACAAAAGAUGUUCAUGACUUGUUUUUGAAAAGUAUUCCUCCAUGGAUGUUUGUGCCGCCCCAUUAUCAUUGGAAAGUUCGAUUGCAUGGCGACAGAGGAACGGGAAAAACAACCGUUCAAAGAAGUUUAUGCCGAAUGAACACGAAUAUUGACCAACACAGAAAUUACCACAGUGACACCAUGGGUACUGUUUCAACAACAACUCUCAUUCCAAUUAAAUGCAUUGAUUCUGUGAAAUGGGUAGAAUUGGAAAUUGUUGAUGUGGGUGAUAUGAGUUCUACCACUCAUCCAUUCUAUAAUUCAUAUCAGAUUACAGACUAUCAUGCACAUCUCGUAUUAUUUUCAAUGGGCCAUUAUCAAAGCUUCCGUAACACCAAGAACAAAUUGAAACUUCUCAAAAAACAAACAAAUAAUAUUAUUGUAGUUGCAACAAAAGCAGAUGCAUUUCAAAACUUUCAAGUUACAGAUAAUGACAUUGCAGAGUUGGAGAAGGAAUUUCAAUUGCCUCCUAUACGUCUCAUUAACAGCCAUGCACAGUUUGGAUUGCCGAAUAGUACCUAUAUUCUUGUUGAGGAUUUAGCAGACAUGCUCAUAGCCUAA